GUGGCCACGCGCUGCCAUUUCGCUUAGGUUGCUAACUGGUUGUGACCUGUCUGUCGCCCGUGUGGAACACUGAGGUGUUUUGGGACUUUAGCAGUGGAGAUGCUGUGGGGUCUGAGAGGGGAACUCGGCUUGGGCCCAGCCAGGUGGUCCCCAGCAGCUCUGAUCGAAGCCUCCAGAUGCCUACCCAGCUCCAAGGUCCUGGGAAAAGUGGGAUUGUCAGCAGGAGAAACCGAGAAGUGAAGCCCAAGGGAGACAUGCCUGCUGAUGAGAAUUGGCCCCAAAGGUCCCAGGUCCUGGGUCCACAGGAGCAAGAUGGACCAUGUGAGGGAUCGUUGUCGUUUGAGGACGUGACCAUGGACUUCAGCAGGGAAGAGUGGCAGCAGCUGGACCCUGCCCAGAGACGCCUGUACCAGGACGUGAUGCUGGAGGUCUACAGCCACCUCCUGUCCCUGGGGUAUCACAUUCCCAACCCAGAGAUCAUUUCCAGGAUGGAAAAAGGAGAGAAGUUAUGGCUAAGAGAGGCUCAGCUCCCACAUCAGAAGCAUGGAGAAGGGGCGUUUGGACUUAAAACCUCCCAACAGAAAAUGUUUGAAAAAGCUUCAUGUCACGAUGAUAAGGAAAGUGAAGUCACAAGAGGUGGUCCGUGGUGUUCCAUUUCAGAAGGCCUGUGGGAACAUGCCAGCCGUACAGCGAGGGCUCAGCAGAAGCAGCAGGAACCUGCGCAGCGUGGGGCCUUCCUUACCAGGAAAACCCUGGAUACAGAGAGAGACUCUGAACGGAAGGACCCUGGAAAAAUCGUUCAUGUGAGGCCCCACCUUGUUUCUUCACCAAAAAGACCUCAUAAACGUUGCUCAUUUGCAAAGAGUUUGAAGCCUAACCUAGAAGUAAAUCGUCAAAAUCAAAGCGAUAGCACAAAGCACCUUGAUGAGCUUGUUGGCUCUGGCCAGCUGCUCACCCAUGGCUCUUCCCGUGUGGGCUGUAAGCAAAUUCAGCCGGGAGAGAACUUUCGUGAAGGGAAUCAAUGUACGAAAGUCCUCAGCCAUAAACAGUCACGUGCACAGCAUCCAGUUCGUAAUCAGGAGAAACCUGAUAAAUGUGCUGAAUGUGGGAGGGGCUUCCCUCAGAAGUCACCCCUCGAGCAACAGAGAUUUCAUAGCGUAGAAAACCUCCAGGAAUGUAGCAGGUGUGCAAAGGGCUUCACCCCGCAACCAAAGCUCGGUGUGUAUCUGACAGAUCACACAGGUAACGUUCCUUACAUCUGUAAGGAAUGUGGGAAGGUCUUCAUUCAGAGAUCAGAACUGAUCACACACCAGAAAACUCACACGAGAAAGAAGCCCCAUAAAUGCCACGAAUGUGGGAAAGCCUUUUUCCAGAUGUUGUCUCUCUUCAGACAUCAGAGAACUCACGCUAGCGGGAAACUCUACGAAUGCAGUGAAUGUGGGAAAGGCUUCUCUCAGAAUUCAACCCUCACCAUACAUCAGAAGAUUCAUACGGGUGAGCGCCAGUAUGCGUGCGAUGAAUGUGGGAAGGCCUUCACUCAGAAGUCCACGCUCAGCUUGCACCAGAGAAUCCACUCGGGGGAGAAGUCCUAUGUGUGCAUUGAGUGCGGGCAGGCCUUCGUGCAGAAGGCGCAUCUGACCGUGCAUCAGAGAGGCCACACCGGAGAGAAGCCUUACCCGUGCCACAGCUGUGGGAAGGCCUUCAUUUCCAAGUCACAGCUCGAUAUACAUCACCGAAUUCAUACUGGGGAGAAGCCUUACGAAUGCAGUGACUGUGGAAAAGCCUUCACGCAAAAGUCACACCUCAAUAUCCACCAGAAAAUUCACACCGGAGAAAAACAACAUGUAUGCAACGACUGUGGGAAAGCCUUCAACCAGAAGUCCAUACUCAGCAUGCAUCAGAGAACUCACACUGGGGAGAAGCCUUACAAGUGCAGCGACUGUGGGAAAGCCUUCACUUCCAAGUCACAGUUCAAGGAGCACCAGCGGAUUCACACGGGAGAGAAACCCUACGUGUGCACCGAAUGUGGGAAGGCUUUCAAUGGCAGGUCCAAUUUCCACAAGCAUCAGAUGAUGCACAUGAGAGAGAAAACCUUUGCCUGUUACAAGUGUGGGAACGCCUUUCUCCAGAAAUCAGAGUUGAUGGCACAUCAGAGAACUCAUGUUGGAGAGAAGCCCUAUGAAUGCUGUGACUGUGGGAAAUCCUUCAGCAGGAAGCCACAGCUCCAGGUGCAUCAGCGGAUUCACACGGGCGAGAUGCCCUACAUGUGUUCUCAGUGUGGGAAGGCCUUCAACAACAGAUCCAAUUUUAAUAAACACCAAACAACUCAUACUAGAGACAGGUCUUACUAAGGCAGUUACGUAGUGAAAGGCUUUACCUAGAAAUCAGUUCCUCGUCUGCAUCAGCAUAAACUCUGAAUUUCUCAAAGAAGAAAAAAAUCUCCCAAGCGUCAGCUUCAGUUGUAGGUCAUAGAAUCCAUGAUUCUGAAAAACCCCAGGAAUGGACUGCGUGUUGCAGAGUUACACAUUAUUUGACGUGAAAGAAGUGACUCAGAAAAUAAUGAGGGUACAUGUCCAUGUUUGUACUAGCCUCCUUAAGGAUUAUAAAAUUCAUCGGGGAAGAAAACUAACACGUUGAGAAACGUGGUUCUCUAGAAAGUAGUACGAUCUCUUUUCCCAGAUCGUUUAUAGGAAAAUUUGUGAGAAAUUCAUAACACUGUUGAAUACGGAGUAUCAGUAUUUUUAAAGUACUAGCAAACUGAAUGACCAGACGCUAGUGUGUGUGUAUUUAUGUGGUCGGGUCAGCAUAUACGUACAGAUGCAUAUAUACACCUGCAUUUACACUCGCUCCGUUCCGUGGUGUCUGCUAUAGGAGUCACUGCAUAGCAGAGGGGUGGGGAGAUGAUACACUUUUUUAAAGGAUCUACUGUAAUUGUGUUUAUUCCCAAUUGAACAUAUCCCAAGGUUGCACAGUAAUUAUUAAUUUCUUUAUAUGUACAGGCAAAGCUACCUCAUUUUAUCGUGCUUUGCAGAUACUGCAUUUUUACAACUCGCAGGUGUGUGGCGGCCCUGUGUCGGGCAAGUCGAGGUGCCACUUUCCCCACAGCCUUUGCUCCCAUCAUGUCUCUGUCACAUGUUGGUCUGUCUUGAAGUAUUUCCAAGUUUUUCAUCGUUAUUCUGUUGGUCGUGAUGAUCUGGGAUGAGUGAUCACAACUUACUGAAAAUUCAGUUGAUGGUGUUUUUUUAGCAGUUAAGUGUUUUUUUAACAAGUAUACACUUUUUUUAGGCGUAACGCUGUUGCACACUUCAUAGACUGCGUGUAGUGCCAAUGUAACUUCCACAUGCACUGGGAAGCAAAAAAGUAAUUUGACUUUUUACUUUAUUGCAUGGCGUGAAACUGAAUCCGCGGUAUCUCCGAGGCAUGCGUCUCGACACGUGAAUGUACUUUUUUGGUUAAUAUAUUAAUGUGAUUUUGUAACAUACACUGGUCUUCACAGUGCACCUUUUCUCUUUCAUGACCCACUCAGCUCUACCCACCCUAUUGUACCCCACCCCUCGUUUCUUUCCACCUCCACCAUCUCUGGUGAACAGCUCCAUAAAUGACCGGUGUUAACCCUUCACUGUGGACUUUUUGGUAUUUUUAAGGCUCCUAAUCAUUUACACUGGGAGUCGGCAGACUGGCCAUCAGCCACAUAGGGCCGGCCACCUGUUCUUUUAA